AUGAAACCAAGAUCAAUGUGUCCGGUAAGAAUCUAAUACAUUUGUCUGUUCAUGUAAAAAUUGCAUUUAUUGUUCAUGGCAUACCCUGUUCACUCGACAAAGGAGAGACCGGUUUCAUAGACUCUCUUGACAUUCUGACUUAGUUUCACUACUGUUGCCAAAUAUUUCCGAUUGUGUCGGUGGAGAAAAUAUGAAAUCUUCUCGACCGUGAGCAUGAAUGUAAUGCAUGAAAGAUCUUCCCUUUUUAAGAGAAAUUGUUAGGUUAAUCGGUUUUUUGAGUUACACUCUCUUUAAACCGGCGAUCGGGGAAUUAAAUCAAGUCGCUCUGCCUACCACAUGAGUCCUGUGGAUGAGACGAAAAAUUUCUUAUUUAAAUUCGUAGCACACUUCCUCCAUUGCAAAAUAUUACAACUAAAUUUAUCCAUUUGAUGAUGAUUCUUAACAAUGACAGGGCUUUUAAGGUUUGCAAUGAACAGUCUCUCCUCUUGUGCAUGUAUUUUCAUGUGCCUCCCCACUGUGGUUUGCGAUGAAUAAAUAUUACGCGCCUCCGUGCAUUUCCUUCCUAGAAAAACCGUUGGGGUCAAAUUCUAGACGUUACCGACUAGGAUUUCUUUAAUCAAUAACUAUGGAUUCCAAGUUAACCGAUCAUAGAGUGAUCUUUUGCAAUGGAACACUGAAAGUUUAGCAAUCAUAUCAUUUUGUUUCCAGCUUUAACCAAAGCCUCAUCCAGCAUAAUGAUUUCGGAUCACUUGCGUGCGUCAAUGAGGUCAUUUUCAUUCCAAGAUUUUUUUUUAUUUCAGGUUCUCGUGGCAAUCCAUCCUACUCGAGAUUCAAGAAGAGAAACAUUUGUAAAGGAGGGAAAGACCAGAGGCAAAAUAGAGGAGAAAGCGGUAAGCACCAAGUGCUCGACUUUCCCUUGUCAUCAGUCCGAAGACGCUUUGGCUCAAUACUUUGAUGUUGACACCAAAUUGUGGAAGCCUUUGGCAUCGGUUGCUCAGCUGGGUGAAAUAACUGAUGAAUGUCAUUCUGCAGAAUUAAUUGGAAAUUACCUGUAUGUAGUCACAGAGGCGCAACAGCAACAGGGGUGCUUUGAAUAUGUUGUAUACCGUUAUCACAUAUUAAAUAACAUGUGGGAGAAACUUCCAAAGUUGAAUAUGGGGGAACGCGUAGACGAAUUGCUUUGCCCGCUUAAAAUCUGCGUAUGCUCAGUCAGUGAGUAUUUGUAUGUCAUUACUCAAUCAAAUCCUCCCCAAAGGUACGAUUUGAGCAAUAACGUUUGGCAAGCUGGGAAAGAGUUGAAUUGUCCCCAAGAUGAUGGAAUUUUCUAUUCUGUUGCGGCGACAGUAAUGAAUAGUAAAAUAUAUGUAAUUAAUGGUUAUAUAGAACAUGGGAACGUCGACAAACCAGCGGUAGUGCAUCGUUUUGACCCAGAGAAAAAUGAAUGGGAACGUAAAGCUUCGACCUGCCAUCCUCAUUUUGGGUCUAGUAUUUUUGUAGUCAAUAACAGACUAUGUGUGGCGGGGGGUUCCAAUUCAAGCAUGGGUUUUCCUUUUAUGAGCUAUCUAGCUGUGGAAUUGGGGGGCCGUCCAUCUGUGGAAUUGUAUGACAAACGUGAGGACACCUGGUCUGUUGUGGAGCAGAAACGUAUCCCGCACAACAACUUAGGUGCGUUUGAAAUUGAAAGGAGGGUGUAUUUCUUAAUAAACAAUUUUCCAAUUGACAGUGGUAUUAGAAUUCCUCCGGAGGAAAAUUAUCCUGUCCACUUAGGUGAAUGGGAAAACUUAGCAAAAGUAAGUGAAAACGCAGUCUUGUGUUAUUUGCCUGUCAAGAAAGAAAACUUAAGAUAA